AUGACAGACUUCUGGUUGAUAUCUGUUCCUCUGGACAGGACCAGCUCACAGUCUCUGGAGAAACUCAAGCAUUCUGUAGCCAAAACCAAACUUGCCUCCAGCUUCAAGUUUUCCAUCCCAGAAUUGAAGGUUAGGAUUUGUGCCGCAUAGCUACCAAGAGGCUCAAAUAGAUGAACAAGGCCACUUGACUUGGAUUGUACCGCCUUCAUCGACCUUCCAAGCAUGACAUAACUUCCGCAUUUCUUUGUACAGUAGCAAUUCACAUCUGACAACACAGCAGCUCUAUGGUAAUGAAUGACAACACUGCGAUCCACUAGAAAUUAAAGUUGAAUGAGACCACAGUUGGACAAGUUGGACAAGUAUUUCCACCUCACAGUCACUAUACUACGCAAUACAUCUGUGAUAACUGUUCAGGUCAGCAAUGGUCAGAUUCAGAGUAUUGUAUAUUUACAGGACAAAGGUGUUCAGUUGCCUUCCCUGGUGAAGUGGUGGGCUCAUAUUUCACUCUUCAAGUGAUGGUUUGGAGUCUUUCAGAAUGUUUUCCAUUUGACCUCUUUCACUCAACUUGAUCGAUAAGGUCUACUAGCCUGUCCUAAGUUUCAAUUGGGGAAAAAAGCUAACUGAAACCUGCUCCUUGUUUUGAGGCUAAGUGAGAUGUUACAAUGUAAUUGCAGCCUGCCAGUCACCUGUUAUACGUUUACACUUCAAGUAUUAUGAUUGUAACAUUUCCACUUCUAAUCUCCCAGGUUGGAACAUUGGACAUCCUCCUGGGUGUGUCAGAUGACCUCUCCAAACUGGACACUCAAGCUGAGAGGUACAAGACACUUUCAGGGUCAUGUUGGUGUGUUUUGUGCCUGUGUGCUUCCUCACUAUGUUAUAGGCUAGUAGUAAUUUACUCUACUAACUGUAUACCUCUUUAAGUUCUUCUUUCAUUAUUAAUUUAUGCUUGGAUGAUGCUGACAUUUUGUUUCCUGCUUUUCCAUUGGCUUGAAUAUGAGCUGGGCAGGCUGAAGUUGUUAGUUAGAAGUUCCUUAAUAGUUUAGUGUACUGAUCAGUGCUUGACUUCGGCAGGAGCUCACCGAAGCUGUGUACCGGCACCUCAACUUUUCUGCUGCUUGAGCUCCUGUUCCUCUUAUAGAAUAUUUGCUCAAAAGUAUUGUAGAGCUCCUGCACCUAAAUACAAACAGUACCGGCACCCAAAAUGAGAACCGGAACCUAUUUCAGUCCAAGUCAUGCAUUGGUACUGAUUAUAAGGAUAUUGGGAAGGGCUUUGCUCUUAUGAGCCCCGGAAGUCUGAGUUUACUUUUAGGAAACUGUAGUCUCUUAUUACAAGUGCUAAGCACAUCCCCUACCUAUAAAGUGCUCUUGGGAAAUUGGUACUUGUAUAAAGUUUUGUUUGUAGAGCUCUUCAUCUUCCUUGUGAUAUACAAAUAUAACAAUUUGUUAAGUCAUAAGGCUCUGGUGAUGUUUAUUUCCUGUCAUGAUAAGUGGCUUGUCACCUCCAUGUUCUCCAGAGUAAUGCAGAGGACAGCUCAGUGCAUGGCGGAGGUGAUGGAGCAGGCCAGUGAUAAAGUGGUGGAGAAUGCCCUGGCUAACGGCGGUGAGUCCCAGUGACAGUUACCCUACCCUGGGUAUAGGGCAUGAGGGCCUGGGGGACCGGAGUCAAACAGUAUAGUAUAGUAAGCACCUGUAGCAAGACGCUGAUCAAACAGCACAGAAGUGCGUGUGCACGUACAUGCGCAUACACACUACACAUACACACGUGCUCGUGCACGCACGCACACACACAUACACUUUUACACACACACACGCACACGCACAUACACACACACAUGCACACACACAUGUAGCCGGCAGGUAGCCUAGUGGUUAAGAGCAUUAGGCCAGUAACCAAAAGGUUGCUGGGUCAAUCCACCGAGCCGACUAGGUGAAAAAUCUGUCGAUGUGCCCUUGAGCAAGGCACUUAACCCUAAUAAAUAAGUCGCUCUGGAUAAGAGCGUCUGCUAAAUGACUAACAUUUAAAAAAUGUACACACACACACCACCCUGCUCCAACCUGCUUGUUCACUUCAGAUCUGGGUACAUUUAUGUUGUGUUUGCAAUAAGGAGCAAUUUGCAAAUGAACACACCCAUGUUUGUUACAGUAGCAAACUAUGUUUCCACCUCACUAGGUCAUUGUUAAUACAACAUUGUCUCUUGGUACUUUUUUGUACUCUGUAGAAUUAGUUGUUAUGUUUUUUUUUGUUCCCUUUGUUUGCUUCUAUGUUGGUGCUACUAGUUAUUAUGCAGUUAUUACCAUUAGUUAUUACCAUGACCAUUACCUAAAGGUUUCUGAUCUAAGAAAGUUCUGACAGCUGACGUUCUACAGCUAAGAGACUAGUAGUAGUAUGCUCAUCGUUCUGCCCUCAUCUCCCCACCACGUCUCCCCUCAUCAGACCCCAAGACUCAUCAUAAAGUCUCCCAGUCACCCUCGAAAGCCUACUUCAAGACCUUGCUGGGUAUUUUGGCUUGUGUUUGGGAUUUUAUCUGCUUUGCUUGCAGGAUUGUAGGAUUGUAAUGCUGAUGCAGAGUUUGGUUGGUUUGAUUGGUGUGUUUUGGAUAGUUUUCUUAAUUUAGUCUUUACUCUCAUGCACAUGUAUACUGAACAAAAAUAUAAACGCAACAUGCAACAAUUUCAAAGAGUUACAGUUCUUAUGAAGAAAUCAGUCAAUUGAAAUAAAUUCAUUCGGCCCUAAUGUAUGGAUUCCACAUGACAGGGAAUACAGAUAUGCAUCUUUUGGUCACAGAUACCUUAAAAGAAAUGAGCCUCACAAUGGGCCUCAGGAUCUCGUAACGGUAUUUCUGUGCAUUCAAAUUGCCAUCAAUAAAAUGCAAUUGUGUUCGUUGUCCAUAGCUUAUGCCUGCCCAUACCAUAACCCCACCACCACCAUGGGGCUCUCAAUUCACAACGUUGACAUCAGCAAACCGUUCGCCCAUAGAGCGCCAUACACGUGGUCUGCGGUUGUGAGGUCAGUUGGACGUACUGCCAGAUCUUCUAAAAUGACGUUGGAGGCGGCUUUUGGUCGAGAAAUGAACAUUAAAUUCUCUGGCAACAGCUCUGGUGGACAUUCCUGGAGUCAGCAUGCCAAUUGCACGAUCCCUCAAAACUGGAGACAUCUGUGGCAUUGUGUUGUGUGACAAAACUACACAUUUUAGAGUGGCCUUUUAUUGUCCCCAGCACAAGGUGCACCUGUGUAAUGAUCAUGCUGUUUAAUCAGCUUCUUGAUAUGCCACACCUGUCAGAUGGAUGGAUUAUCUUGGCAAAGGAGAAAUGCUCACUAACAGGGAUGUAAACAAAUUUGUGCCCAACAUUUUAGAGAAAUAAGCUUUUUGUGCAUAUGGAAACUUAUGGGGAUCUUUUAUUUCAGCUCAUGAAACAUGGGGCCAACAUUUUACUUGUUGUGUUUAUAUUUUUGUUCAGUGUAGUUGUGUUGUGUAUACAUCUGUGUUUGUCUUUGUGUGUGUGUAUACGUCCAUCUGUGAUUCUGUGUGUGUGUGUCUCAGCAUGUCCCUGUUUGCUGAGCUCUGUUUUGUAUGGAGCCCUUUUGUUUUGUGUCACUGUGAAAUUGAUUGCCUGUGACAUGUUGUCUGUGCAUCUCAACAGUGGAUCUGGUCAGUUAUGUGACAAAGUUCCAGUGGGACAGAGCCAAGUACUCCACUGCACUGCCUUUUAAGAGCCUGGCAGACAUCAUAGCCAAGGUAUCCCUCUACUUGUUUUAUACAUACUGUAUACAUUAUGUAUUAAUUCAUUCUUACAUUCAAAUGACUGUGUGUGUGUGUGUGUGUGUGUGUGUGUGUGUGUGUGUGUGUGUGUGUGUGUGUGUGUGUGUGUGUGUGUGUGUGUGUGUGAGCGUGCAUUCGUGCGUGAACUGGCUGUGGUACUAGUACUACAGCCAUGUAGCUCAGUUGAUAGAGCAUGGCGUUUGCAACGCCAGGGUUGUGGGUUCGUUUCCCACAGGGGGCCAGUAUAAAAAAAUAAAAUAAAAAAUGUAUUCACUAACUGUAAGUCGCUCUGGAUAAGAGCGUCUGCUAAAUGACUAAAAUGUAAAAAUGUAAAUGUACUCAAAAUAUAUUCCUGAUAAUAGAUCUAUUUUUUCUAGUACAUUCAGGUUAGAAGCAAUGUAAGGCAAGAUACCCCAUCUGGUACAUGUGUUUGAGUUCAGGCAGAGCUGGGCAAACAAGUAGCACAGAGUCUCUCUCUCUGUGUCUGAAGGUCAGACUAACCGCAGGUAUAAUGUUACCAGCAGAAAAGAAGAGUGAGUCUGACCACAGCUCAACUCUAUUGCCAGUACUGCUCUCAUUGGCUCUAAUUGUGUCUGUUAAUCCCUUUCAUUUGUGAGCCAGACAGACACUGACCUCAAGUCUUAAUGUAAGGAUCAUGCAGUGGUGUACAAUGGCCUUUUUAUUAAAAAGGCAAUCAAAUCCAUAGAGAUCCUAUAAUUUCUAAUUGUAUGAUCACAUCAUACCAUCUGGUUUAAUAAUAAACAAAAUAAGAUGUUGUUACAAUAAAUUUGGUAUGUAGUGUGAUGACUAUAUAAAGUGGGUUUUAUCAAAGUAAAACUCAAUAUGUGCCCAAAUCUCUUACCUGAUGCAAUGUUGUUGUGAUGUUGACAUAACUUAGCGAUGUGUGUCUACAGGAAGGUCUAUGAGGAGGGCGAGGAAGCCAUUUUCACUGUUACCCUUUUCAAGAAGGACAGGUAAUUCAGCAGCAACUUAGGACAUCACUUGAUACUUUUCUGAACAACAAGAAGUAAAUAACUAAUUUGAUCUAAUGUGGUCAUGGCAACAGGUUCACGAUACGAGAAUUUUGCUUCGAUCAGGUGGAGCUUCAGAAGCGGGAGAUGAGCCGUCUUCUUGUGGACAAGAAGGAGCAGUAUGUAAGUGAAGCAUUUUGAGUGUAUGUAGGUGGAUUAUAAGUAACUUGUGGAUGCAUAUGUAGAGUAUGAGUUUGUGUGUAUACGUAUGUGUGUGUCUUCUCCGAAGGGAACCUUUGUGCGUUGGCUCAAGGUGAACUUCAGUGAAGUGUUUGUGGCCUGGAUCCACCUGAAAGUCCUGGAGGUGUUUGUGGAAUCUGUUCUCAGGUCAGUCAAAUACAUUUAUUGUCAAAUUCAAUUGAUGUCAUAUGAUAACCAUACAGUUACUAGUUAGUCUGUACUUGGUCAGGUAUGGGCUGCCGGUGAGUUUUCAGGCAUUGCUGCUGCAGCCAGAUAAGAAGCGUACAAAGAAAUUGAGGGAGCAGCUGAGUUCUCUGUUUGGACACUUGGACCCUACAGCUUCUGCCAUGAUCUCCAGCAAGCCUGAAGUGAGAGUAAUUUCCUUUGUUCAACUUUAGGUGUUUUAUGGGAUUGUCUCUCCCAUAGAUAUAUACACUGAACAAAAAUAUAAACGCAACAAGCAACAAUUUCAAUGAUUUUACUGAGUUACAGUUCAUAUAAGGAAAUCAGUCAAUUGAAAUACAUUAAUUAGGCCCUAAUUUAUGGAUUUCACACGACUGGGAAUAAAGAUAUGCAUCUGUUGGUCACAGAUACCUUAACAAAAAAGGUAGGGGUGUGGAUGAGAAAACCAGUCAGUAUCUGGUGUGACAUCUCCUCCUUUGCAUAGAGUUGAUCGGGCUGUUGAUUGUGGCCUGUGGAAUGUUCUCCCACUCCUCUUCAAUGGCUGUGUGAAGUUGCUGGAUAUUGGCAGGAACUGGAACACGGUGUCGUACACGUCUAUCCAGAGCAUCCCAAACAUGCUCAAUGGGUGACAUGUCUAGUAGGUAUGAAGGCCAUGGAAGAACUGGGACAUUUUCAGCUUCCAGGAAUUGUGUACAGAUCCUUGCGACAUGGGGCCGUGCAUUAUCAUGCAGAAACAUGAGGUGAUGGCGGCGGAUGAAUGGCACGACAAUGGGCCUCAGGAUCUCGUCACGGUAUCUCUGUGCAUUCAAAUUGCCAUCGAUAAAAUGCAAUUGUGUUUGUUGUCCGUAACUUAUGCCUGCCCAUACCAUAACCCCACUGCCACCAUGGGGCACUCUGGGCUGGCGUGGUUACACGUGGUCUGCGGUUGUGAGGCCGGUUGGACGUACUGCCAAAUUCUCUAAAACAACGUUGGAGGCGGCUUUUGGUAGAGAAAUUAACAUUCAAUUCUCUGGCAAAAGCUCUGGUGGACAUUCCUGCAGUCAGCAUGCUAAUUGCACGCUUCCUCAAAACUUGAGACAUCUGUGGCAUUGUGUUGUGUGAGAAAACUCAACCUUUUAUUAUCCCCAGCACAAGGUGCAUGUGGAAAAUUUCGGGGGUCUUUUAUUUCAGCUCAUGAAACAUGGGACCAACACUUUACAUGUUGCGUUUAUAAUUUUUAUCAAUGAAGUGGAUUGUCCCUCCAAUCACUGCGGGUAACUGUUGAGAUAUUCUGCUCUCUGUCUCCCUCUGUCUGCCAGGUGGCCCUUGACGUGCCAGGAUUGAGCGCUGUGUCUCCGCAGGACUACUACUCCUACAUCUGUGUCCAGAUCAGUGUCACGCUUCUGGAUCCUAGCUAG